AUGGCUUCAGUGUGCCCUAUGCAAAACGGUGGUGGCUUCCGCGGCCCGCCAAUUCCUCUGGUCGUCGUCCCUGUGAUCUACCACCUGAUGCGAUCGAAUCCUGAUAUGAAACUCACAAAGUACGUAAAAGACUUAUUGAAUAAAGGUGGCCCGAUGAGCGUUGCCGAGAACGCUCAUUACAUCGCUCAAUAUAUAUUAUCCAAGGUGCCAAGCAAUGUUUUGUACUGGCUUGGAACCAAGGUUCUCCAGCUGCAGCCAGAGGUCGCGAUGCAGACGACAGAGUUUCUGAAAUCAAGGACACAAUUAGAGCUUCCGCCUCAGCCAAGCGAUGUAGGAAACGAUGUCGCAAGACUUGCAUCUGCGGAUGCCAUCACCAUCCCGUCGGAUAUUGAACGACGCCUUGAGAAGUUGGAGAUGGAUUAUCAGAUGCUUCAGGAGAAGCACACCGAAUCACUCAAACUAUUGACAUACAAGGCGGACGGCACCGUGGAGAUUCCACGAGAGCUCUCCCUGCCGACGCCGCCCGAAUCACCAGAGAUUCGUGCACAUAGCUCGACCGAGCCGGGCCAGCUAGAGAUAACCACUGGAUUGCCAUGGUCUUCUCGGUCGGCUGCAAGCGACAUAGAGACCCAGGCUCUGCUGCAGGAGAUUGGUCUUCGCCUUGGAAAAGUGGUCUUGGAAUGGGCCGGUGACAUGAUGAAGCAGAGCCUGAUGUCCACUGCUUCUGCCAAAUCUCCGAGCGAAUCCAAGUUCGGCGCAGCAGGUCUAGAUCUCACCGGCCGGCUGGCGAAUUCACUCACGACCUGA